AUGUCCACUGCUCGCUUUGACUCAUCCGAUCGUUCGGCCUGGUAUUUUGGACCCGUGUCCCGCCAAGAGGCACAGAAUAGGUUACAAGGACAGAGACAUGGCAUGUUCCUAGUCCGAGACUCGUCCACAUGCCCCGGGGAUUACGUUCUGUCGGUUUCAGAGAACUCCAAAGUGUCUCACUAUAUCAUCAACUCUUUGCCCAGCAAGAGGUUUAAGAUCGGGGACCAAGAGUUUGAGCACCUGGCCGCACUCUUGGAGUUCUACAAAAUCCACUACCUGGACACGACCACGCUGAUAGAGCCAGCUCCCAGGUACCCAAGCACAGUGAGUGGACCGAUCCAGCCUUUGGGCGGCCAAGAUGAGAACCUGGAGUAUGUUCGGACUCUGUAUGACUUCACUGGUAGUGACGCUGAGGACCUUCCCUUUAAAAAGGGAGAGAUUCUCAUCAUCCUUGAGAAGCCGGAAGAGCAGUGGUGGAGCGCCAAGAGCAAAGAAGGUCGCGUCGGCAUGAUCCCUGUUCCUUAUGUGGAGAAAUUGGUACGACCCUCACCACACCCGUGCCAACCGACCCUCGGAUCCCGUAACUCCAACAGCUACGGCAUCCCGGAGCCAUCACAUACCCUUGUCCAUGCCUACGCCCAGCCGCAGACCCCGUCGCCGCUGCCUCCGGGCACUCCCGGAGCUGUCAACACGCCGCUGCCAUCCUUGCAGAACGGACCGGUCAUGGCCAAGGCCAUCCAGAAACGAGUGCCCUGCGCCUAUGACAAGACUGCUCUGGCUUUAGAGGUGGGCGACCUAGUCAAAGUGACACGGAUGAACAUCAGUGGUCAGUGGGAGGGGGAGGUUAACGGACGAAGGGGUCUCUUCCCAUUCACUCACGUGAAAAUCUUAGACCCCCAAAAUCCAGAUGAGAGUGACUGA